CUGGGGGCGUGUGCGCGGCGCGGAGGCGGGUCAGGCGGUGACGGAGGAAAGGCAAAACGAAACCGAGAGCAGUUUCCCCGACAGAGGCCGAGUGAGAGACACCGGCCCCUGGGUGCCGUUUACUCGAGCGCGUUCACGCAGCGCCUGACCUGAUCUGUCGGUUUUUAUCCCCCUGAAACGCGCUGUCCGCCUGCGGGACCCGCUGCGGGAGAGUUCGGGCGGAGCUCCGGCAGCCGCAGGCUCAGGAACAGCCGCCGCGGGUCUGCCCGGACACAGGCCGCACAGCCGGGCCUGCAGCGGACGGGCUGCCGAACCGAGCCGGGAGCAGGAUGUCCCAGAGGCCCUUGAUCCUGCCCUGGUUGGUGGAACAGAUUGACAGUACGCAGUACCCAGGAGUCUGUUGGACCAAUCAGGAGCGCACGGAGUUCUGUAUUCCCUGGAAGCAUGGGCUGAGGCAGGACUCCAGCGAGCACGACACGCUCAUAUUCAAGGCCUGGGCAGUGGCCAGCGGCUCGUUCAGGGAGGGAGUGGACCGGGCAGACCCCUCUGUCUGGAAGCGAAAUUUCCGCUGCGCUCUGAAGGCCAAGAGGGUGGAAGUUGUAGCCGACCACAGCAAUGACUCCGCCAACCCACACAAGGUGUACCGCCUGCCAGGAGUGCAACAGAGAGGACCAGGGUCACAGGACAGUGCGGAGUUGGGUUCUGACAGUCAGUCACAGGAGGUUUCUCCAGCAGGAAUCCAGGAACAUUUCUCUCCAGACGAGCAACUAGCAGGUAUGAGGGUACCUGGGUUAAAGAGGAUCUCAUUGCACAGCACAGGUUUUAGUGUUGGCAUUUACAGAAGUCCGAUCCACUCCAGGCUUUAUUCCCUGUACAGUCAGUGUCACAUGAACAGUGUGUCUCCUCUCUCUCUCUCAGCCACACAGUUCCAUGUGACCGUCUACUUCCGAGGGGUCAAGGUUCGUGAGCAUGAAGUGACCAAUCCCAGGGGGUUCCGGGUGGUCUGGACGGACCCCUGUGCUGCUGUGGACCCUGAGGGCCUGGAGCUGGUCUCCCUGCCCGGCCCGGAGUUGCUCCUGGACCAGGGCCAGGCCAGGCUGACCCAUCGGAUUCUGGAGAAGCUGGGCGCAGGGCUGGAGGUGACCGUCCAGGGCCGGGGGGUGCGAGCUGCCCGCUGGGGUGACACCCACGCCUUCUGGAGCCUCUCCAGGUUCGACAGGAGCGGCCAGCCCAGAGAGGUGCCCAAGGAGAGAGGAGAGGAGCUGUACAGCAUGGGAGAGUUCAUCCGGGGGCUGAUUGGGUUCAUGGAGCAGAAGGCUGAGUCACCUGCAUACUCUGUGUGGUUCUGUCUGGGAGAGAAGUGGCCCGACCCAGAUCAGAGACCCUGGGAGAAGAAGCUGAUCAUGCUGGAGGUAGUCCUCACCUCUCUCCAGAUGCUGAAGAUGCUGGCUGUCCAAGGAGGAGCCUCCUCUCUGCAAAGUGAGUCUGUGGAUCUGCAGGUGUCAGACAAUCCCAGCCUGCUGAGCCACCUGUACUCACUGGAGAGCAUGGAUUUCAGCUAGACAGGGACGGGACAGGGACGGGACCGAGGAGGGAGGGGACACAGACAGAGGGACAGCGACGGGACUGAGGGAGGGGACAGAGGGUGGAGAGAGACGGGACACAGACAGAGGGAGGUGGUGGUGAUCCACGGUGAGAGGGAUCUUUCUGCUGGUGUUCAGUAUCGGGACUCAUUUCAAGGUCACUACUGGGCAGCAGGACUGGUCUUCACUCCAGUCUCUGAGUGGAGCAGUAAUCCUGUGCUCUACUGCGCAGAACUGAAACUACAGAGAUGUUUCAUCUUGUGGGCUAAAUAAAGUAUCAACUACCUCCUCUGACAAA